AAGACACAUGUACUUUUCGUUGUCACAUUUUUGUUUUCCCCUCACGUGAGACAACUAACGUUAGACAUUAAUGUGACAAGAGAGUUUUCCCCGCGACUAACGUUAGGAUUUUAUUCAAAAACAGUCUAUAUUUUGAUAAACAAUGGCUUUUAUGUUGAAACACAUGAUAGGAGGGCAGUUGAAGGAUCUUACCGGGGGUCUGGAAGAGAAACCUGAAGGAGAAAAGACCGAAGCUGCGGCGAAAGGAAUGACUCAAGAAGAGUUCGAGCAGUACCAACAACAGCUGGCGGAGGAGAAGUUGGAGAGAGAUACCAACUUUGCCCAGAAGAAGGCAGAGCGAGCCACAGUCAGGAGCCACUUCAGAGAAAAAUAUCGACUUCCAAAAAGUGAAUUGGACGAUACUCAAAUCCAGGCUGCGGCCGAUGAUGUGGAGCUGCCCACUGAAUUGGCCAAGAUGAUCGCUGAAGACAACCAGGAGGAAGAACACAAGCAGUCCGUCCUCGGCCAGAUCACCAACAUCCAGAACGUGGACAUGGACCAGCUGAAAGAGAAGGCCCAGUCCACCCUCGAGGACCUGAAACAGACUGCAGAGAAGUGUGAUGUCAUGUAGGACA